UGUGCCCGGCGGUGGCCAUGGGGCGCCUGGCAGGGCUCGCUCCCGUCACGGCCGCCGCGCUUCUCCUGGUGCUGCUGCGCUGCGGCUCCGCCGCCUCCCUGUCGCGGCGCGCCCGCCCGGAGGGGCGCAAUGACAGACCCAUCAUCGGGAUAUUGUCACAGGAAUGUCACUUUGAUGAGUACCAGCGAUUUGGAAGAUCUUAUAUUGCAGCUUCAUAUGUGAAAUUUGUGGAAUCUGCUGGUGCUCGAGCUGUGCCAAUAAGAUUAAAUCUUACAGAUGAAGAAUAUGAUAAAUUAUUCCACUCUAUUAAUGGGGUACUUCUUCCAGGAGGUGGUGUGGAUCUUAGGACUUCAGAGUAUUCAAGAGUUGCUAAGAUAUUUUACCACAAGGCCUUGGAGGCUAAUGAUAAAGGAGAUUAUUUCCCAAUAUGGGGAACGUGUCUUGGACACGAAGAGCUUACGUAUCUCACAAGUGGUGAAAUUUUGCUUGUUCGUACCAAAACAAAUGGAUUUUCACUCCCUCUGAACUUUACCUCAGCUGCAAAAGACAGUAAAAUGUUCAGGAAUUUCCCGGAUGACUUACUACGCUCACUUGCUACUGAGCCAUUGACAUCAAACUUCCAUGUAUGGAGCCUCUCCAUGGAGAAUUUCACCAAUAAUGAAAAGCUUCGUAAUUUCUAUAAUGUUCUGACCACUAACACUGAUGAUGAAGUGGAGUUUAUAUCUACCAUGGAAGCAUACAAAUACCCAAUUUAUGGCAUGCAAUGGCAUCCAGAGAAAAAUCCUUUUGAGUGGAAGGAUUCUCCAGGCAUUCCACAUUCACCAUCUGCUGUAAGAGCAGCAUAUUAUAUGGCUGAUUUCUUCGUUAAUGAAGCCAGGAAGAGCAUGCACCAUUUCUCCAGUGAAGACGAGGAAACAAAAGAAUUGAUCUACAAUUAUAAUCCAGUUUAUACAGGAACAUUUUCUGCAUUUCAGCAAACCUAUUUUUUUGAUUGAGUAUCUUGUCAAAGAUGCUGUGAUGUUACUAAUAAAUGGAAUUAUUUGCCA